AUGAGCGAAAGUGAGAAGGAUGUCACUGCAGUCCAGACGGAGGAUACUGUGCUAGUAGUAGAGAGAGUGGGCGCGGAAGAAUGGAUAACCCGAACCCUCAAUGCAUCCGACAUUAAGCAGAUGAGUACUUCCUUCCACUCAUUGCCUGAUGUUAACAAAAUGCACAAGAUCAACGAGCGGAAGAUAGAAAGGGCAGCAGCCAAGACGACUAUCAUAUUUCUAUCAACUAAGAUCGAUGAUGACAACACUGAGGACGAGAUCGCCAGCGCGGACAUGCGUGGCGCACUCUCAACGCUAUAUGGAGUUCCGGACACAUUCUGGAGUCAGGUCUCAUCUAGGAUACAAGGGUUUUUUGGCUGUGACGCGCGUUUCGACUCCUCAGAUCAUCUGAUACACCACCACUACCAAGGAACGUGGUAUCGAUAUAUGAUCAAGCAGCUGAAGCAAUGCGGCCUCAUCAAGGCACUGGAUCCGAAACAAUUCUGUUCAUCUGGCCAGUCCAUAAUGCUGUUUGCACCCAUCGAAGACCAGGUUCAGAAGAGAAUACGAGAAGCUUUGAUGGCCCGCGAUGUACCACACAAUCACUGGAAUCCUUACUGGAGCCAUCCCAUCGUGCUACACACGGUCAUCGAAAUCUGGGACGCAUCGGUCUGGGAUCUCCAGCCUUUAGUCAAGGAGGUGGAAGCUGCUCCUCUGCAGAUUGCAAAGCAAGUAUCGUCCCUGAAAGAAGAAGCUCCGGAAGUCGAUUUCCCAAAACUCCACGAGAUAAUGCGGUACGCGCUCCAUCACGCUGAAAAUCUGCAAGUGGCAGUGGACGCUGUCAAGAGCAUGAAAGAUCAUUAUAUAAACAUCAGCCAGAACAUUCAAUCGCCCGAUCGAAACCUUUCAGACAUGAAAAGAGGAACGCUAUACACCCUGGAAUAUCAGCUACAAAUCCUGUCGAACUUGCAGAUACGCGCGAUUGCAUACAAAGACAGAAUGAAUAACGAGAUCACGCUUUCCUUUAACAGCGUGAACCAGUAUGACACCCGUAUAUCUCUCGAGAUAGGGAGGUCACAGUUGAUCGAUAGUACGGCCCUGAGAACAAUUGCUUUCCUUACUUUGGCCUGUCUUCCUGCUACACUAGUCUGCUCUAUCUUUGGGGCGCCGUUCUUCAGUUUUUCACCGGGAAACGAGUCUAAAUCCGAACAAUUUGCUGUCUCCCAAAAGGCCUGGCUUUUGUGUGCCAUCGCGUUGCCUAUCACGGCGCUAGCGAUAAUCGGAUGGUACUACUUUCAGAAGUCGAGGUAUGGGCCCGGUAUCUACUCCAUGCAACACCACGAGUCUCUGUCUGCGUCGCCGACCUCAAUGGUAUAA